AUCAACAUCAACAAUGCCUUCUUUCAUCUCUCAGUCAGGGCCACCGGCCAUCCUUAGCCAUAGCCGUCAGCCCAUUACCCAGGAAUUCCAUGUUAUGGACCGAUAUGCUGGACACGCUUCCCGUUGCAAGAUCUGUGCAAACCCAAUAGAGGUCAUCUCAAAGGGAGGAAAUCUUUGUGACCGUGGUAUUCGACAUGCACACAACCUCAUCCUCUGCAUCCGAAGCCGUGGAGGCAAAGCCUAUGCCGCCGUCGAUAUUGAAUUCACCCCAAAGCAAAUUGAGAUUCCACCUCAGUGUAGCGUCAUCAAUGAUCUUCUGCGCGCACUUGACCUAGGCCUCCUGGCGAAAUUGCAAAAGCCACAGCCGGUAGUCAUCAACGUUCGUAAUGACUCUCGCAAGAGUCAAGCAGAAAAUACACCAUCAAGCCCCGUGUCACCAUCCGCCUCAUUGCCUGAAUGUUCAAGCAGCACGGUAGUUGUCGUCUCCUCGCGCAAGGGCAAGGAGACAUCGCGUGAUGACCUCUCCUUCUCUCGUCGCGGAACGCUCUACCCCAACGAAACUUCCAAUCAGCUGGUCACCCGCACAUACCACUCCUCUUCUAAAUCAGGCAUUAAGGUACCAUCUAGUUAUCUAUCGUGA